AUGUCGCGACCGAUGAAUAUGCUGAGGACCAGACGGAAGGAUUGCAAUGUCAAGCCUAAUAGAAGGUUGGAUAGGAAAUCCUCUCGAGGGAUGAUUUACGAAAAUGAGGAACUUCGACUGAAAACAAUCAACAUCAACGCGGAAGUGGAAAGCAGAGUUUCCGAUAUAAAGAAGCUGAAAAAAGAAAACGAAAUGCUAAAGAAAGGCUUAUGGUAUCUGAGAGACGAAUACGAUAAAUUAGAGAGAUUAAUAAAAGACAAAAAAAUCGAUUUUUCAUCAUCUUCCACCACAACAGGAUCGACUUCGAGCGACUCGGAAAGUUGCAGUUCAUACAGCGAAGGCGGGGAAGAAGUCGAAACCACACAGAACCUGAAGAACGUGCAAAAAACCAACCUAAAGAACCUCCAAGACCAAUUCGACCAUUUAUCAGUGGUGACCGAGGAGACGAGCGCCGAAAAUUCCGAGCUGCACAGCAACCGGGUGUCCCUGACCAAAGACACCUGGAGCACCACCGAGGAUAUCCUCAAACCCGACCAGUGCUACCCGGACUUCAUCACGUCAGCGAAAUCGCCCACGCUCCCGAUGGCCGAUGACGUUCGCGUGAACUUCUUCUCGCCCAUCAGGACGUCCCAAACGUACGAGGAUGCGCAGCCAGUCGCCGACGACGAGGUUAUUUACCCGGGGGAAUUUUAUAGCGACCAACAGCAAUUCGGUAGUGACGAUUUCGUGACGCAGAAAAUGGUGAAAACCAACUCCAACAGCUUCUACCAGAACAUGAUACUGGUGCCGAAGACGACGGCGCCGGAAAUCGAGCUCGAAGGCAUGGAGAAAUCGGCCACCGAUCUCAUCGUUAAAAUCGAUAACAGGGACUUCAACGAUAAAUCGGCGUUGCUCAGCAACACCCCCAGCCUGAGCACGUUCUCCAACGGCGGGAAUUUAGAGGAAUUGCUUAACGAUAUAGAAUCCAUUUCGCAGGAUAUUUUGAAGACAUCAAAUUUGCAGAAAGCAACACCGCUUCUUCAUCCACACUACGGUUAUGCGGAAGGAUUCGAUUUUGGGCAGCCCAUACUAGGCGAUGACACCUCCGACAAACAGUUUAAAAGCGAAUUAAACGUCGUAUUGGUACCCAAACCGAUGCCGUUGAUUGGUUUCGACAAAUACAAAAACGUACAAAGGAGUUUCGAAAACUUAACCACGAAGCCUCCGGAGGAAAUCGAGCAAUUGAUACCGGCGCCUAAUCUACCCCACAUUCCGGCCAUUCUUCCGGAGGUGAUGUCGAAUCCGAAUCCGGAGGUCGAGCCCAAUCCAUUCUUCUUCGGAAACUUCAAGGAUAACUACGUGAAUGCCGAUCACUUCGCCAUGAGGUACAAUCCCGACGCGUACGACUGCGAAACCGAUAACGUCCAAGCUUCGGAUGGAAAUAAAAAUUAUCCAGAAAGAACGAUUGAUGUUAAGAAGUCGACAGACGCAGAAAGGCUUCAAAAAUUCGGUUCCAAAACCAACCUGCUCGAACUGACAUCGUCAGAGCACGUGUCCAGCGAAAACGAAGCAAAACCCGAAAAAACCGACGGUAAAACGACAGAGAAGCCUCGCGCCGAACCGAAACUGAGCAUCAGAAAGAAAGUAUCCAUUCAUUUCAAAGGCAAAAAGGAGAAGAACAAACUAUCGAACGGCUCGGACACGUCCGCCUCGAAGACGCCCAACGAACGGAGGGGCUCCAUGUUCGAUGUGCGCUUCAGCGACAAACCCACGCACCAGAAAACCUCCAGCAACGACACGCAGAAAUCCACCGGCGACAUUCACGUCGAGCCCAAGACGCCCUCCAGCUCGGACAGCAAAAACAGCGACAAGAAAUCCGACAAGAAGGAGUCCGGCAGCGACAAAAAGUCCAGGAAAAGCGCCUCGACCAGCCCGGAUCGCAAGCACGUCCAUGUUAAAGAUGACGCAGGUCAGCAACAGUCGAAGAAGCACAAGAAGCACAAACGGAGCGAGAAGAAGGGCCAGCGACGGUUGAGCUCUCUGGACCAGCGGGUGAUACGAGAAAGGUCCUUCAGCGUGUGCACCGAUCGCUCUAACAUAAUGGAACACCGAUUGGGCCACAUCUUCGGCUCGAACUUGUACUUCGACGAUUUCUCGGACAGGGAGCGGACGAACAGCAUGAGCAGCUGCGAAACGGCGGAGAACAGGAGGAAAAUGUCGAUGUUGCCCAACGCCGCGUUGAGCGGGAAAGUGCCGUGGUGCGGGUGUUGGGGCAACGGGUGUUUGUGA